AGAUGCUGUCUACCCUUGCACACCUCACCCCUCGGAGCAGACACAUACAUACACACAUCACCCACUACCCUCAUCUAUCCAUCACUAACACAACGCCAUGAGAGCCAGGAUGAGGAUGUUGCUGCUGUGCCUAGCAGCGACUCUUUGUGUGUCAAACGGUCAGACCAACAACGCCAGCAAUGACAACAGGCAGCAGCAGCAGCAGCAACAGCAGCAGCAGCAGCAGCAGCAACAGCAGCAACGAAGCAUCUGGGAUGAGCCCAUCAAAUUCAUCACCAAGACCAAAGACUCCUGCACCAUGGUGGUCUCUGGAGUUGGGGACUACACUCGCCUGCGUGUCUCCUGUAAAGGUCAGAGCCAGGGCCAGACUGCUGGACGCUCUUACUACUGCGAUUUCCAGGGCAAACCCAACCUGUGCCGCGCAUACAACCUUAACCCUCGCCACUACUUCACCCAGAUGAUGUGGGACAUGAGGAAGCUGAGUCAUGCCUGCCAGGGACCAAAAGUCUACCGCUCACAGAUGUGCAAGAAAUACCCAGACGAGGCCCAGAUGACCUUCCUGGCUUCCUGGCCCAAGACCACCACCCCCAAGCCAUCUAAGCCGGUCCAGGAGCCGCGUAAACCUGUGGUGCCAGCCCAGGCAAAGCCUGCCACUACUCCUAAACCUGUCAAGCCACAGCCCGUCAAGCCCCAGCCAGGCAAGGGCCCCCAGUCCAAGAAGACCACCCCUAAGCCUGGGAAGACCACUACUCGUCCCACAGAGCAGACUGAUUCCAAAGCAUCCCGCAUGGCCAACGAGUACUGCUGGAAGAGCUUCCAGGGCGUCUGCACCUACUUCAUCAGCUGGUUCCAAAACUGAGGCGAUGACCCAGACACAGGUUGUAAAAAGCAGCGAUGGACCCGGUCAGAACUCUCAUCUAUCUGUGACCUCUCCAAGAUCUGUGCGGGAGCCUUUUGAGACAUCUCGUCGCCUGUGAGGUCCGACUCCCCACAGUGCAGCAUCUUACAGGCUGAGCCAAAAACACUCCACCUACACCUGUGUACGGUUAGCGGAUGACUGCUUGUGCUUUCAUGUAUUGUACAUGUCUUUUUUUUAUUAUCUUUAAAACACACAGCAAGGCAAUGGGGGAAAAUGGCAGGCAUAUGAUUAUGUUUGUAUAUGAUGUAAAAUUCCCUCCAUGUGUCACAUUAAUGAAGGUUAAGAGAAUAAAGUCAAAAGCGGUGACCUGUC